AUGUCUGGCUUUUUGGCUGAUGCUGACCGAGAAUAUAUUAUGAAUUUACCUGAUAAUGAGUUCAAUGCAUACAUUGAUGUCCCUGAUGGGGAUAUAUCAGAUGUUGGGGACGAAGAUAAAGAUGAAACUGUCGAAAUUGAUGAAAGUUCUCAAGCUAUUUCCGAAGCAGCUGUCAUGAAUUUCAUUCAGGUGGUGGAAAAGGAGGAUGGAGCUGAAAUUUCGGCAAUUAGAGAGGAGCAAGAGACAGAAUAUGAAUUUCCAAAGGCUGAUGCAGUCAGGAGUGGUAAAGUUAUUGAUUCUCAGCCAAAAUCAGAUGUAAGCAACAACAAUACAAAUGAAGGAGCACCAUCUACACGUGAGCAGCACCAGCAAGUAAAACAAAGAUGUAAGCGUAGUGAUUAUAAAUUUAGAAAAACUGAUUUUGUGGUACAAGACACAGAAUGGAAAGAAUCACUUCCACCACCACCAAUAGAGGAAAUGACACCUUUGCAAUAUUAUAAAAUAUUUAUGAAUGAUGACGUAUUUGAACUCAUUGCUGAGCAGUCCAAUAUCUAUGCUUUGUGGAAAGAUUCAGUUUCUUUGCAGACGAGCAAAAAUGAAAUGGAGCAGUUUGUUGGUAUUUUACUGCGGAUGGGCAUAAUCAAAAUGCCUUCCAUUCAUUUAUACUGGUCGAAUGAGUGUAGGUAUUCACCAAUAGCUGAUGUGAUGAGCAGAACUCGCUUCUUCCAGCUACUGCGGUAUUUUCAUGUUGUCAAUAAUCAAGCCUUGCCUGAAGCUGAUAGUAAUCGUGACAAACUCUUCAAGAUUCGCCCACUUUUAUCUGCAUUGCAGUCAUCAUUGAGGACACUCCCUCCAGAAGAAUACCAAGCUGUUGAUGAACAGAUAGUACCAUUCAAGGGUAGAAGCGGUUUGGAACAGUACAUAAGAAAUAAGCCUCACAAGUGGGGCUACAAAUCUUCUACGAGAGCUGGUGCUUCAGGCAUGAUGUAUGAUUUUGAAAUUUAUGUUGGCAAAAACACCUGCAGUGAUAGAGGAUUAGGUUUGUCUGGGGAUAUUGUUUUGGCAUUGACGGAAACAUUGCCAGAGAUACAGCAUUUCAAAGUGUUUGCUGAUAGUUGGUUUUCGUCUAUACCAUUAGCAAUUGCCCUGAAAGAAAGAGGCAUUGAAUUCUGUGGCACCAUCAGGACAGACAGGAUGGGAAAAUGUCCCUUGAAAACUGAAGCGGAGCUCAAGAAAACUGGAUGUGGCUCCUGUGACUGGAGAGUGGAAACAACAAACAAUGUAGCUUUAGUACGCUGGUUUGACAGAAAAUGCAUAAAUUUCGUGUCAACAUAUGCUUGUGUUGAGCCCAUGGCAACAUGUAGACGCUAUUCUGCAUCUGAAAAGAAAUUCAUUGAUGUACCUAGACCUUACAUAGUGGAAAAAGGGAGCCGGCAAGAUGGCGGCCAGCUACUUGCUCAGAGGCAGAGAGCCCACUCGCCCGCUGCUUGCCGCCGGCCUCCCCCCGCGCUGCACUGUGCAUAUUUCUGGCUCCAGGCCGCAGAUCCGCCCAGCGCGCUCAUAACCGGACGCGGCCGGCACUGCGAGUAA